AUGUCUCUGCAGGCUGAUUUUGACAGGGCCACAGAAGACGUGAGGAAGCUGAAAACCAGACCAGAGGAUGAGGAACUGAAAGAACUCUAUGGGCUUUACAAACAGGCUAUCAUUGGAGACAUUAACAUAGCAUGUCCAGUGAUGUUGGAUUUAAAGGGCAAGGCCAAGUGGGAAGCAUGGAGCCUCAAAAAAGGGCUGUCAAAGGAAGAUGCCAUGAGUGCCUACAUUUCUAAAGCAAAAGAGCUGAUUGAAAAAUAUGGAAUUUAG